AUGGAUUCCAACAACGGCCGUCUGUACUUGAACUUCGACAACCAGCGACCGGCCGCCAACGAUCGAGCCUAUCCCACCACGCCCUCAACCUUCCCCCAGCCCGUCUUCCCCGCGGGAGCUCAGUCCAGCAUGCAAUCGUCCCAGCAGCAGUACGGCGCGGGCUACCCGCCUCAGGGCCAGGGCUACUUUGCGCAGAACCAGCAGUAUCCGGGCCAGGCAGUGACGAGCGACUAUCCCAACGCUGCCUAUCCCCCGCAGUCUGGCGCGCCUGGCACCAACGACCCGAACACGGGCUUGGCUCACCAGUUCUCCCACCAGAACCUCGGCGGCAGCGCCGCAAGGGGAGGCCAAUAUGCUGGUAGAGGACCAUCGUCAGGUCGGCCACGAACUGCGGGCGGCUCAGGGCAGCAGGGCAGCUACGGCAACUACGCGCCUCCUUUGCCUACCCAGGGCGCUGUGUCUUCGCCCGAGUUUCAGCCCAUCCCAGAGAGGAACCCUGAUAAAUAUGGCACAAAUGCCAACAGCAACCAGAAGAAGUGCUCACAGCUAGCUGCGGAUUUCUUCAAGGACAGCGUGAAGCGAGCUCGUGAACGCAACCAAAGGCAGAACGAGUUGGAGCAAAAGCUGCAAGACCCCGGCCAGAGCUCAACUAGGAGAGAGCAGCUCUGGUCAACUGCUGGCCGGAAAGAAGGCCAAUAUCUGCGAUUCUUGCGUACUAAAGAUAAGCCCGAGAACUACAACACGGUCAAGAUUAUCGGAAAGGGUGCCUUUGGUGAAGUCAAGCUGGUGCAGAAGAAGGGAGAUGGCAAGGUCUAUGCUAUGAAGUCUCUGAUCAAGACUGAAAUGUUCAAAAAGGACCAGCUGGCUCACGUCCGAUCAGAACGUGAUAUCCUUGCCGAGUCUGACAGCCCCUGGGUUGUCAAGCUCUACACCACCUUCCAGGAUGCCUACUUCCUCUACAUGCUCAUGGAGUUCUUGCCCGGUGGAGAUUUGAUGACCAUGCUGAUUAAAUAUGAGAUUUUCUCGGAAGACAUUACGCGAUUCUACAUUGCUGAAAUUGUUUUGGCCAUUGAGGCCGUCCACAAGCUUGGUUUCAUUCACCGUGACAUCAAGCCUGACAACAUUCUGCUGGAUCGUGGCGGCCACGUCAAAUUGACCGAUUUCGGUCUUUCCACUGGCUUCCACCGUCUGCAUGACAACAACUACUACCAGCAACUCCUGCAGGGCCGCUCCAACCGUCCCCGUGACCGAACCUCGGUUGCCAUUGAUCAAAUCAAUCUCACAGUCAGCAACCGAUCUCAGAUUAACGACUGGAGACGAUCUAGACGACUGAUGGCUUACUCCACCGUCGGCACGCCAGACUACAUCGCCCCCGAGAUCUUCACAGGCCAUGGCUACACCUUUGACUGCGAUUGGUGGUCAUUGGGCACCAUCAUGUUUGAGUGUCUGGUGGGCUGGCCGCCUUUCUGUGCUGAAGACAGCCACGACACCUAUCGCAAGAUUGUCAACUGGAGGCAAACGCUGUAUUUCCCUGACGACAUCACUCUGGGUGCCGAGGCGGAGAACUUGAUUCGAAGCAUGGUCUGCAACACGGAGAACCGACUUGGACGGGGAGGUGCCCAUGAACUCAAGAGCCACGCCUUCUUCCGCGGCGUCGACUUUGAUAGCCUGCGUCGCAUUCGCGCUCCUUUCGAGCCUCGCUUGACGUCCAACAUCGAUACCACCUACUUCCCGACCGACGAAAUCGACCAGACCGACAACGCAACUCUGCUCAAGGCCCAGGCCAUCCAGAACAACCGCACUGGCACAGCUCCUGAGGAAUCGCCCGAGAUGAGCUUGCCAUUUAUCGGUUACACUUUCAAGCGGUUCGAUAACAACUUCCGAUAGAGGGUCUUGAUUUUCAUGAUGAAGCGGGCAUAUGCAGUAAAGAUUUUGAAUUCAACGCAAGCUAGAAGUGCGUUUAUAAGAUGAAGAUGAGAAUUUUGAAAAGGGGGUCCAUGCUUAAUCGGCUGACCUACCAAAUUACGAGGAGCAACCUGCAUAAAGGGUCAAACGUUAUACAGCAGAGACCCUGUCGUUUAUUGAAGAUGCAUGAUACUUGGCAUGGAGAACAGUGCUGAUAUCCUUGUUCAUAUCGCUGGAAUUUGCUUUGCUUCUGAUUUUUUUAUUUUUUAUUCAAUUGCAUGAAAAGCAGUAAGGGGGAGAUGGAAAGUCAAGAUGGAACACGCUGGAUAUAGUUAGGGUCUCAUGGAUAUAUCAGCUGCGAGAGAAGCUUGGUGGCAUUAGAAUAUAUGACUAAAAAGAAGCUUCGUUCCAAGGCCAAAUUUGCAAUUUAAUAUUGAUAU